GUUGUACUUCGAUGGUCCUUGCAGAAGGAGGAAUGGCCUCGUGUGAGUCGUGUCUCGCAUUUUUGCCAGCACGGCCCUCCAACGCCACCGUGUACGUACGGUCUUAACGUAUUUUCUAUUUCACUUGCUCCAUCAUGGAUAGUUCGUCUGUCCUGAGCGACGACGAUUACGAUGUCAUUUCUAACCCUGGUCAGCGCUCCUUGGAGUCCAGCAUUGCCGACUUGCAUCAUAUUCCAUCCUUGACUACUUACGAGCUUCCCCCGUCUGAUGCAGCCAGGGAAAGACUCAGUGCGGUGGCACUGAAUCCUGUGGAUAUACAGGCAUAUGUACAGAAUGCACUUAAAGUGUCUAGUGCAGGAAAAUACCCACGGGACAACAGGACUCUGAGAGUGUAUGUUGACGGCGUAUUCGAUGUGUUAACUGUUGGGCAUGCACAUCAGCUCCGUCAAGCGAAACUCUCAUUCCCUUGCGUACAUCUUAUUGUCGGGGUGCUUUCGGAUGAGCAAUGUCGAGCUCACAAAACGACGCCUCAUUUCUCACAUCUCGAGCGUUGCGAGCUUGUGCGACACUGUCGCUGGGUAGACGAAGUGCUACACGACGCACCAUGGACAGUGAACGAUCGCUUUAUUAUCGACAAGCGCAUUGACUAUCUUGCUUUGGAGGAGGGCUCUUCUGUUAACCCUGAAUUUGACAAGGAACGACUCAAGGGAUAUGACUUAGCGAAGAGACUAGGACGAGUACUACCCACCCGAAGGACUACCGGACUCACUGCCGCUCCGCUUUUGGUUUCUUGUAAUGCACCGGAAGACAUCCCACCAUUCCAAGAACUUGCCGAAAUGGUGCUAGAACAACCCGGCCACAACAUAUUUACGCACCCGCCUCUGAAAACUUCUACUACCACGUCCGCUGACAGCAACACUCAUGGCCUCGAGGCCCUUGGGGCGAUGGAAGCCCUAGAAGCCAUGUCGAACGAGCUGGCGGAGAGGUGCGCUCGGAAGCAGAGGCAGCCAGCCAGAGGGUAGAUACUGGGGAAAUUGAUGCGUCUCUGGGCAUUGAGAUGCUCACACAGUAAUUAUGACGCGCUUUCGCACCUGUGAUGUGUUGCUACUUAUGUUAUCUAGCUGUUCUUGCUGCUUUGUCAUAUUGGUCCAUGGUCCAACACUUUUUCUGGGUAUACUUGACCUGUCAUGGAAUUUUGAUCUGUUUUUGGGACUAGU